AUGAUAUCAUCUCAGACGGACGAGUUAAAAUUUAAGAACACUGCAUACAGCCGACUUUGUUUUUUGGCACAUGUUCUAGAACUUGUGCUGCUUGGUCGUUCAAACAUUUUUACUUUCGACAAGGCAAAUGCUUUAAAAAGUGGGCCAUCUACUCAUACCAUCUUUCAUCUAUCUGUAGACAUCUUAAAGACGUCUAUUAGUCGUCUAUUUUCCCUUUGGGUGCUGGGCGACCUGGUGUGCAAGCUCUACCACUUCGUGCACAGCCUGAGCUACACGGCGUCGAUCUUCAUCCUAGUGGUGAUCUGCACGGAGCGCUACUUCGCCAUCAUCCACCCCAUCACCUGCAAGCAGAUCCUGACGCCGCGCCGCCUCCGGGUGGUGAUGCUGUGCGUGUGGGUGCUGUCGGCGCUCUACUCGUCGCCGCGCUUCUUCUGGGUGCAGACCAUCUCCAUGCCCGUGGACCGGAUCGGCAACUCGGAGACCAUCUGCAUCUCGCACCGGCAGAAGUACGACUCGGAGACGUUCGACCUCAUCAACUUCGGCCUGCUGUACGCCACGCCCCUCGCCGUCAUGCUGCUGCUGUACACCAGGAUCGCCCUGGUGCUGUGGGAUGCGGGCCGCGGGCCGCCGGGCAUCCACUCGUCUCACCGACCCAGGAAGGAGGAGCGAAGCGGCAGCACGCCGUUCUGCCGCGGCGUGGCGCCCACCCUGAGGGUCACCUUCGACGCGGCGCGCGACAACGGCACAACCACGCCGGUCGACGCCCGGGUGUCGAUCGCUUCCGACGAGGCCGCCGCCGGCCCGACGGUCGCCGGCGAACCGUCGCCGACCAACGGCCACGGCGGCGGCGGCGGCCUGUGGAACAACAACCAGCACCCGGUGCGCAAGUCGGGGCGGCGCUCGCGGGGCGCUGGGGGCGGGCUGGGCGCCGUGGGGGCGGCGGGCGCGCGCUGCUACCACGUGUCCGCCAGCCAGAACAUCCUCAAGGCGCGCCGCGGCGUGGUGCGCAUGCUCAUCGUCGUGGUGCUCACCUUCGCCGUGUGCAACCUGCCGUACCAUGCGCGCAAGAUGUGGCAGUACUGGUCCACGAGCUACGAGGGCGACUCGUCCUUCAGCACCCUGUUCACGCCCAUCACUUUCCUCCUCACUUACUUCAACUCGGGCAUCAACCCGCUGCUCUACGCCUUCCUCUCGCGGAACUUUCGCAAGGGCAUGCGGGAGCUCCUGCUCUGCCCGUCUAGGGAGAAGGGGCGCCCGCUGGCCCAGCAGUCCUCGAUCACCAGGAAGACGUCGGUCCGCUCCGCCACCAAGCUGUGCCCCGGCGCGGCCGUCGGCGCCGUCGGCGGCAUCGCCCUGGAGCACAGCGGCUGAGCGGCCCCGGACGAUCUGAGCAUCGCGGCCGCGCACGAGAGCGAGUAGCGAGGGGUGGACCACUUGAGUAUUCCGUGUACAUACUGAAAAAUACUCCAAAAAUAUUCCAGUUAUUCCCCCAAUUAUUCCAGAUAUUCCAAAAGUAUUCCAGAUAUUUCACAAAUAUUCCACAGUACACCAAAACUCUCAGUGGUCGACCCCUCGGCGAAUAGUAAGUGAAAGGGGUAGGGUGGGGGGUCUUCCGUGCGCAGGCGCGGUAUUGCCCAUAAGAUUUUGUGUCACGAUAGUAAAUGUUUCCGCGGGCGAGCAAUAAACCCUUGCUUGUUUGCGGAGCCUCUCGCGCCGUCCUAUCGAUGAUCGCUCUAUCUCAAGUAUUGCCUAAUUUGGGAGAGUAUUUUAUUACAACCACGCUCACUUUCUUGUAUGUCCCAUGCUUUCUAUUCUAAAGGUAAUGUUAGUGUAAGUUUGUUUGGUUCGCCAUCCUAUCGAUUAGUCGCGCGCCUUUUGAACUGAUACCGUCGAUAUGAAUUGUAAAUUUGUCCAUCUUCGUUGCCAAAGAGUGACUUGUUGUAGACUGUGAUACUGUAACUAUUAAUCUAAUUAAUUAAUUAUUUAUUUAUUUAUAUAUAUAUAUAUUCUUGUUAAGAAAAGUAUACUAAAGUUAGGAACAUUAUUGUAUUGUAUAUUAAGCUCGUAGGAAAUAUUCGGCCCGUGCUCGCCUCCGCGGGACAGAACGGCAGCACGGGCUCGAUUUUUUUUUCGUUGUUUUUUCUUACCCUGCGCCAAAUGUGGGGGACUUCCCGUCGUUGCAAGUAGUCGGUGCGACGCGCGUUACUAGUGCCAUUUCCUGGGACAUUUGUUGCCCGCAUAUCGACGUACUGCGAUCUGGAAUCUGGUUUGGUGUGUGUCCCAGUCUAGUCACUACUACUAUAUUACUGUACUACUUGUCAUUGUAAUAAAGCGCAGAGUAUUCUUUUCUA